AUGGUUCUUCAAGAUUUCGGCGGGCGCAUCAGCGCCGCCGUGGGCAAUUUGAUGCGUGAGCCCAAUCUCGACGAGAAAGCCUUCGAUUCGAUGAUCAAGGAGAUCUGUUCUGCGCUACUGUCGGCCGAUGUCAAUGUCGCUCUGGUGAAAAGAUUACGGAAAGAUAUCCAAUCCGCAGUCAAUUUCAAAGAUAUUCCCCCGAACACAAAUGCGAACACGAAGAAACGAAUGAUACAACAGGCCGUUUUCGACCAACUCGUUCACUUAGUCGAUCCACACGCGGAACCGUACAAGCCCAAGAAGGGAAAAUCCAAUGUUAUAAUGUUUGUUGGCCUCCAGGGUGCUGGUAAAACUACAUCAUGUACCAAGCUAGCCAGGCAUUACGCCAAUCGGGGUUUCAAGGCAUGUUUGGUGUGUGCAGACACGUUCAGAGCAGGUGCAUACGAUCAACUUAAGCAGAAUGCGACAAAGGCAAAAAUCCCCUACUACGGUUCUCUAACUCAGACGGAUCCUGCUGUGGUCGCUGCAGAAGGUGUUGCGCGGUUCAAAAAGGAGAAGUUCGAGAUCAUCAUCGUGGAUACGUCAGGCCGCCACAAACAAGAAGCCGAUCUGUUCGCCGAAAUGGUUCAGGUCCAAACAGCCAUCAAACCAGAUCAGACAAUUAUGGUCUUGGAUGGCACGAUAGGUCAGGCGGCUGAAGCUCAGUCGGCAGCGUUCAAAGCAACUGCUGAUUUCGGUGCUAUCAUCAUUACCAAGACGGACGGUGGUGCAGCCGGAGGUGGUGCAAUUUCCGCUGUGGCCGCGACACGAACGCCAAUCAUCUUCCUGGGUACAGGCGAACAUAUGAUGGAUUUAGAGCGAUUUGCACCGAAGCCCUUUAUCUCGAAACUGCUUGGCUACGGUGACAUGUCUGGUCUGAUUGAGCACGUGCAAUCAAUAACCCGAGACUCGGCGGCCAUGAAAGAAACACAGAAACAUUUAGCAGAAGGGAUCUUCACGAUCCGAGACAUGAAGGAGCAAAUUACGAAUAUUAUGAAGAUGGGACCACUAUCCAAGGUGGCAGGUAUGAUUCCCGGCCUGGGAAGCAUGAUGCAGGGCAUGUCAGAUCAAGAUGGUCAAGACAAGCUCAAGCGCAUGAUCUACAUCUUUGACAGCAUGACCGCCAAGGAGCUCGAUUCUGACGGCAAGAUCCUGAUCUCACAGCCUUCACGAAUGGUUCGGAUAGCUUGCGGGUCGGGAACCAGCGUACGAGAAAUCGAAGAGCUUCUGACGCAGCACAAAGUGAUGUCAGGCAUCGCAAAGAACAUGGGUCAGAACAAGAAGAACAUGCAACGCGCACAGUCGAUGAUGCAGGGCGGCAACAAGCAACAACAGAUGGCCGCGAUGCAGAAAAGGAUGCAGUCAAUGGGUGGCGGCAGAGGAGGUAUGCCAGGCGGCGGCGAUAUGGCUAAGAUGAUGCAGAUGAUGCAGGGCAUGGGAGGAGGCGGUGGUGGUGGCAUGGGAGGAAUGGACAUGAACGCCAUGAUGCAGCAGAUGGGCGGCAUGUUUGGAGGAGGUGGUGCCGGUGGUAGAGGAAGAGGGCGGUGA